AUGAUUCUAUAUCUUCACGUAACUUGUGUUCUCCUUUCGGUUCUGUGUUUAUUGGUACGCUCAAACUACGCGAUCGAGCUCAAAAUCCUCACACCAUAUGAUAGGCAAAUCCUAAUCUCGGGUAGUAAUUAUGCCAUCAAAUGGCAAUCACGUCAAAGUGGAACUACCAAUUUAAUUUUAAUGCGAAUGGUCACUGAUUCUGGCAUUGGAGGUCCAAUUCUUGAAAUAGCUUCGAAUGUUCCACUAUCACCUGGAGAAUACAAGUGGACUGUACCACCAGGGCUCGAUAUAAAGAAUGUGCAUUUUCCACCGUGGGUAAUUUUGAGCGAUUGUGAGGGUGAUAAGACACUUUCGGGUGCUUUUUGGGUCAACGACUUUGCAGUUUAUAAAAGAGAUGAUGGCAGCGGCAUCGAUAAAACGACGAGGUACCCCAGUGGCACUAGUAAUAUCACCACGAGCACCCGCAUCAGCAGUACCGCCGUAGGUGACGGUAGUAGUAGUUCAACAACAGCAGAGCAAAGUGUUUCGACAAUCACAUCAGGAAACGAAUACAUUUCGAGUUUAGGAUCGGUUUUAGGUGUGACCACAGGUACGGUUAAUACCACCGCGCACGCACACCCGACAUUAUUUGCAUCAUCUACCGACAUCCCAUCAGCAUCUACAGAUACACCAUCGAGUUCCAACAUUAAAAAUAAUCGCAUGCCUAUGAUAGUGGGCAUUAUCACCGGUGUCUUAGGCUUGCUUCUUUUGGUGACAGUGUGUGUUGUCAUUCGUCAUCGAGAUCAACGAAAACAGCCUCUCACGCUUCCAUGGAAGAUGCGAAGUGAUAAGAAUGCAUUAGAGCUAGAAACGACUGCCAACUUUCAUGAGAUGGAGGGACCCGGAAAAUUUGAGUUGGACGGCACAAGUAUGAAGAAAAAGGUAUAUGAGCUGGAAGGAAAAGGUAUUAAGAAAACUGCUUCUGUGGAUGUUGAAGAUUGA